AUGUCGUUGGAAGAAGAAGUCCACGAAGAAUUUAGGGGCGGAACUUUGCGGUUUAACAAAAACAGCGGUGGCGAGCAACAGUCGGCAAGUUCAUCAGGUUUAAGGGAGAAUUUUAGAGAGAAUAAGGGCGGCAUUAGUAAAACUGAUAGCACGGCGAGCAACAGUAGUUGUUAUUGGAGUGGACUACCUUUGCCAUUGUCAUCCAUUUCUACGAAAAUUACAGAGACCUUAUGGAACACCAAACCGAAAGAUCCAUCACCGAUUCAGGAAAAGUUGCCGGUACCGAUCCAGACUCUACAGCCGAAGAUUAAUAUCGAACAGGAUGCUAACAAUUUCUUUACAUAUCGCGAUGGGGUGGCUGAGAGGGCAGCUACUGAAUGUGCUACAGAAUUUUUGGAUAUGGAAACUGAAGGUCCUAUUAUAGAGUCCUUUUUGCUCACCCAGAUAAACCAUUGGGAUACAGAUAAAGAACGUCUAAUUCUACUAACACCAAAAAUUCUGUUGGUGAUUAAAUACGACUUUAUUGCACUGAAAAGGCUUAGUUGCAAGAAAUUACCCCUUGAAGACAUCGAAGCUAUUAUUAUCGGAGAUCUAAUUUAUCCUACCGGAUCAUUGAUACCAAAAAUUAACGGAUUGGCCGAUGGAAUAUCGAGCAUGUGGGAAAAUUGCUUUUUAAGGCUAUCAUCGAACGACAAUCAGCAAUCUCAAUCAUUUUCAUCGCCCACUAGGGAUCGAAAUAUGAAAGGCAUUCGUAUUCUGUUUGGCAAAGGAAAACCUGUAAAGCUUUCUUCCAAAUGGAAUCCAUUCACAGAAGAUUUACCUAUUUGGACGUUCACAUACCAUCCUCUGUAUUUUCACAAAGAUUGUUCUGAUGAAAGCCUGAGAAGAAUCUACGACCUGGACAAUUUCAUAGAAAACUUUUGCAAGACAAUCGUCGAAAUCGGCAAAAACUACGAGUCGCGCAUUUUGCACUCUAAAGUUUUAUUAGAGAAUUACAUUGGUCUGGGUUCAAUUAUACACAAUCGCCAUGACCUUGGCUUCUUCAAGGUGAGAGGCAAGUUUAGCUUUUGA